UAUCACUCGAGGUGCCGACCAUACAGCUAUGCUCCGGUCGCGUUCAGGACCAAUGGAUAGAUUGCCGUAACAGAUUGAGGGUGCCAUUGGACUCGGAGCCUGAGAGCGUAGUAAGCGGUCCUUUGCUUUGGUCUUUUGCACUUUUGAUCCGCUACUUUCCGUUGAAAGGUUUUCGUGGCUUCAGGGGCGGCCCUGAUUAUGCAAAUCUGUGGUCACGAGCGCCCCCGCAAAGGUAUAAGAAGAGGCAUACAUGUCGCACAACUCCUCCAACCCAAUUGCAACUCCCAUCGCAUCAUGUCCUUCUCUACCUUCUAAUCACCUGUCUCAAAACAAACUCUCGUCAUGCUCACGCCCUCAUGGGUUCUGUCUUAUUCGCGCGAGGCCGAUAAGCUACUAUCACAUUACUUGCCGGUUUAUCUUGAGGCAUCUAUAGUUCCGCGUCACUAUUACAGACCGACUACUCUGCUGCAGGUAGCUGACGCAUGAUGCCGGCGGGUUCCGGCCACCAACGGUAUGCGGGGACGCCUCCGCAAACGCGAACGUAUUCAGACGUUGCUGUGCACGCCGAUCAAAAUGGGGAGCUCGAGCAGCACGUCACAUCCGCGCUGUCGACGCAGCCACUCCAGGACGCGCCUACCAUCUCGAUAAACAAUUGGCCAAAUAUUCGGACCGAACCUCUGACUUGGCAACGCCAGCACAUAUCGACGCCCUACUCCGCCAUACCACCGCGUUCCAUUUCUCCGCAUCGGGUGUCGAUCUCGAGCUUACCCGACACAUUGUCGCGUUCCACACCGCCAGUUCUGGGAGGAAGGGAGUGGUGGAGGUCGUCCCUCUGACCCGCAUUUCCCCGCCCUUCUUCGGGGCCACAUCAUUCCCUGCGACCUUCUGUCCAGCAACAUGAUCGAAACUCUGCGACCUCUUCCUCAACUAUGAACUGUGCGCUCCUCAUGUGGAGGAGGUCGAGCGAGGUCAUGCUGAGCCUUCCGGAGCAUGUGGUAGUGAUAGCUCACUCGCGGGCAUAGGCACCGACCUAGAGCUUCCCUGUUUCUCGCGUUCCCCCACCGUUUCCCCGUUCCUUGGCAAUCACCCUAUGUGGGGCUGGUCCGGGUGCAUGACUUCGUGAGUGCCGUCGUGGGCUGCUGACGGUGAUAGUAAUCGGCCCAGGCACAUCCUGGGCACAUUCCUUGGACGUAGACGGGCUGCCCGACAUAGGCGGCAGGUUCUUGGGACUAGAUCUAGGGGGUGCAGCUCCUAGCGGAGGCGUCCGAGCCCUCGGAGUCCGUGCUCCUCCGGCCACAGCCGUUCUCCACGUAUAUGCCGCCCCCAACCGUGAAUGACAACAGCCCAGCCUUCCUACACAAGCACUACUACACCCGCUGAUCGCGUCUCGCCAUCAGCUCAAUGGUCCGUUCGCCAACCCGCGUCUGAUACCGGCGACGUGUCGCGUAGAGGAAUCAUUCCUCCCAUGGCCUCUCCAUGCCACAGUACUCCGCCCUCGAGCUCGAACACUCCCCUCACGCAACCCCGGACCUGACUUGGAUGGUGGUCUUCGUGAUAGCCCAGAUUGACCGCCUUGUGCCGCUGGAGAGGGCUUGCUGCAUCGCCAGACUCGACGGGGUCCGCGCCUCUCCACCGACUCACCUCCCCAAUCACAGUCAUCAAAUCACGUCCUCUUCGCUCCCUCACUUCUAGGUGUCCGAGUACCUUCUCGUUUCGUCUGUAUGCUCUGGCGUAUCAUCUUCCUCGCACGAGGCCGAUAAGCUACUCUCCAGGCCAAUGUUGGUCAACAUCAGCCCAGUGGACCGCACUCUCCUGGGGGUUGAAAUGGAUCACCACCUUAGGCCACGUUAAAACGCGGCCCGGAGAGGGCGUCGGUUGCAUCGGAAUCCUCACGCGCCUGCUGGAGAGAGGAGAGCCAGUCCGCGUGAUGUACCGUUGACCUGAAGUUCACCUUCAUAUCUCUGCGACGCCAGCCUUCACAUGCUAACACUCCACGUGAGGAAACCAACACAGGAAGUUUGCGACCUUCCCAGAGCGCCGUCUCGCCACCGAUAGUGCGUCGCGCGGCCUCCCACUCAAGCGCUAACAUUCGAACUCUCGGCACCCGACUUAAUCGGGGAGCUGGGGAACAUCAUACCUGCCAGCGCGACUUUCCCGGUCAGGUGUCCCUUGCUAGCGACUCGGACGAGAAAACACAUACCGUCGCCCUGCGCGCUUUGUACCUCCCUCUCAUCCUUCCAUCUUACCCCCAGGGCGGUCUCGCCCUGUCUCCGUCCUCCUGCUCCUCAGAGUCCUUCCCGUCCUCAGUCGACUUGUACAUUCGGGAGCGAAUGGCAGAGGACGUCGCAGAGAUGGUGACUCGCGAUGAAGCGUUCCCCUCUCCGGGCUCAUCCGUAGGGAGAUGGGUGACAUUCCUAGCUCUUGUCACUCCCACUAAGGCGCAGUCGUUCUCUGCGCCUGAAGCCACCAGAGGGUCUCCACGCAGCGCAAAAAGCGGGCGGACUCCCGUUCUUGACGCCCGCAGGCGCUUCAGAUGGCUACUACAGUGGGGCCUUCGUCCAAGAUUUCGAGGGCUACUCCGCGUUCGAGCACAUGUCGGCGCAACCCGGCUUCACCUUCAAUACCACCAUCUUUGUCGCAGCGUCUGCGUUCCCCGCAGGAUAUCCUAUCCCUUCAACCACGACGCUGUAUUCCAGGCAGUUAUCGAGGUCCCCCGCCCCCGAGCAUUCGGCUAGUCCGAGAGUCACGGGCCAGCAUCGUCGGUCAUCCCGGUCCCAGCCACGACUUCAGUCCGCGUUCUCUCAUGGUGUGAGGCGCGAUAAGCACGAUAAGCACGCAUGAAGACUGCCAGGCGAAGGGCGAGGUCGUAUAUCGUCGCACACGUCAUAUAUAGACACAUCGAUGAAUCACAUGUAUAUACAUAGCUGCCUAACAUUGCGCUUUGAAUAUACAAUGCACUGCUUCAAAGAAGUUUGUACGACGAAACGUACUCCUGCAUGUCUUCGAAUAGUCAUCGCGAGCCGCAGUUACAAGUCGUAGUACGCGGAUCGGACUGACGAGCUAACCCCGGUUCUAG